ACGCAAACUCCAAGUUAUCUCGCAUAUUGCGAUUUGAUGAGCUCGUCUUUGCACACAAAUGCCUAACACCUUUAGAACUACAAACCACGAAGAAAUGCAGAGUAUCUGACUUACAUCUCACUGAAUCGCAAUAUUAAUAAUUGUUUACAUAGUUGCGUUCAUUUUAGAUUGCUUUCAAAGUGACCUGAGAAAUAUGGUGUACAAGACGAAAAACCGUUUGAAGUUUACCAAGUGCCUCAAGUCCAAGUGGCUCACUGAUGUGAAAGAUUAUGAGUUGAAGAAAAGAACUAUUGUGGUCAACAUUUCCAACACGGAUGCAAUUAUCUCGGGGCCGAAACCUCGCAAAGUUUUGCAGCCGAGAAAGUCCACGAUUUUAGAAGGAGUAAGCGUUAUUAGUGCCGAGUCUCUCGUGCUCAUCAAAAUCUCGGACGAAAUUAACAUCGGUGGCUGUGUUCUGGAAGACGGCUGGUGUCAGCUGACAUCACAGGACCCAACGUACCCUAGGGAUGUCCCGUUGUACAAGUCCCCACAGUUUGACGUCGGGUUCGUCGAAUUAGACCCUUACGUAGUAACUGGAAGCAAAAAGCCAAGCGUGUCUAAUGGUGCUGUGAAGAAGUUCAACAUUAAAGUGAAUGUGUGGUUCUGCCCGGCUAAAACCAACUGUGGGAUUCAUAAUAAUCACACUAAACCGGAGAUGUUAGAGGUCCACACCCAGAUAUACGGUACUGGAAGAAUGCAAAAAUUCCACUCCAAAGACUUCAAGAGCAUUUAUGAAGAUGUGCUGAUGGCACCUGGAUUUACCCACGAUCCUUUUGCUGGUGUCAAGGACAACGGUGACAUCUUUUAUGGCUGGCAUCAGUACUACUCUGAUACCGAUUGUAUCUGGAUGGCUAUUGAAUACCAUCCAGCAUGACUCAGCUAAUACUCUUUAUUCUUCAGCAAAAAGCCGGCAGUCAUUAUCAAGACACGAGGAUAAAUCUUAGCGUUGUAGUUUAUUUUUUUUAGUUGAGCUAUAAGGAUGUAUGAAAUGAGUGUUAUCUGCAAAGUAGAAAAAAGCACUUAUACAAAAAGCAAGUAAUAUCUCCAUGAGCAAGUCCACCGCAAAUAAAUUAUUUCAUAGUGAA